AAGCCAUAGGAAUGAAUGGGAAAAACCGGACGCCAUAGGAAUGAAUGGGAACCGGAUCGAGCGCUCGGGACGGGAACCGGAUCCCGCGACCUUUCCCGCUGUCAAACCCCGGGCACAAUGCAGGCCGCGAUGGAGGUGGCGCAGCGGUACUGUUCCACCGAGCUGGAGAGCUACGCUCAGUGCGUGGCGUCCAACCCGAGCACCUGGGGAGUCAAGUGCCACGACCUCAAGGCCCAAGUGUCCAAGUGCACCAGCUCGCACCCCGUGGUUCGUAAGAUCCAGGCGGCGUGCGCCAGCGAGUUCGGCGCGUUUGAGACGUGCCUCAAGGAGAACGCGUCGGCCGUGCUGCUCUGCUCCUCGCACAUGAAGGGCUUCCUGGCGUGUGCCGAGCGCGUCGACACCGGCCUGCCCAUCACCGGCGUGGCCCAAAGUACUUGCGAGAAAAGCUGAUUCAGAUGCUCUUGGAAAAGCUCGGGGUCCUUGGGAACAGUGUGUGAAGGCAUUUCUGGAGACCUUUAACACGAGACUGUACCCAGCGCAGCUUGCGGUGCAUUUCUGGGAGGCACUGUAAUGUUUCUUUUUGUUUUAAUAAAAAUGAUAACGCUCCGAUAAGAAUCUUGACGUGCGGUGCUAAUGUAUUUAUAAAUAGCAGCGUGUUUUGCAAAUUAUGAAUUUGCAGGACCAGGCUAAUUCUCAAAUAUUUAAUCGCAAUAUUUAAAUGGGGGUUGGGGGGGGUCUGGAUAUCUCAUUGUGGAGAUUGUUCGACUUUCUUUGGAUUCAUUCGGUAGAAAUGUGUUUGGAGUUAAUAAAAAGCAAUAGCCAAAACCCCAAAACUUGGAUAAUUUUACUGUCCUCAGAGUCUCUUUACGAAAGAUAAAUGCAACAUUUUCUCAAUGUUGAAAUGUUAAACGCAAAUCACCGACACAUGUAAAAAGCUCUAAAAAAUAACGUUAUAAUUUUGGAAUGUGUAUUUGUUGUUCCCCAACGUAAGAGUUGCCCCAGUGCCUUUACCUCUGUAAAAAAACGGAAAAUCAAACUUAAGAUGCAGUAGAAUAAUAGUGUGCGGCUUGCCUGCAUUAUUAAACCUUUGGUAAAUCCAAAUUCGUUGCAUUACAUAAAUUGCUUGAAGGAUACCGAAGUUUGAAAUGAUAUCGCGAGUACUGUGCCAUAAUUCAUCGGAAACUGUAGUGGACACUGCAGCCUCGUGUUAACGUAUUGGUUGACAUAAUGAUUGUACUCACGAUGGUACUUGAGUAUGUUUAUUGUACUCCAAGAGCUGACCUAAAAGUCAUGUGUGGUGAUACUUCAUUGGCAGUGGAAGCACAAGUACAAAAAACUAAACAAACACAUUCGUCUUCUAUAACAAUGUCUUAAGAAAUAGGUAUCGUCAGUGAAAUAUAUCUGGCUGGGGUCCUUCGCAGCACAUAGGCCAGAGCCUUUCUACGUACUUCGAGGAAGGGCUAUUGCCCAAAACGAUGCAUAUUAUAUACUUUUUUUUUAAGCAGUGUUGGUGACGAAUGUGUUGAUACAUCUCCUGCUUUGGUCGAGCAGGUUGAGUGCUCUGAACGGUGUUGCUUGCUCCAGUGCUGAUUGAAUCUUUAUCUCGUGUCCGUCGGUCAUUACCUUUACGUAGAACAAGGCAAAUGCCUUUGCAGAGACAGUAUUAAGCAUUUCAAGUAAAAAUGCCCCUAUUUCGUUAAAAAGCAGAAUAAAUGUACGGGAAUACGAAUCACUCGCGACGUUCUGUGUAACGGGCCAAUGUUUUCACCAUGCAGUAAUCAAUAUAUCGUUGUUUCAUUUGUGGAACUAUACCCAAAUGUAUAUACACGUACAAGUAACCGGUCUGUAGGUUAUUUGUUGUUUGAUGAAGUGCUUAUCGUGAGAUUUUUAACUUGAAUUUUUUUUAUCGAUGCGAUGCUGAAAAAUGCAUGGAAACCAAAUCUUAAAACAGAUGCUGUAAUCGCGUAACUGAAUUUUGGGAAAUAUUUUUUGCCGGCAAUCGAAAACUCUGCGAAGUAGUUGAAAACCAGGCAUGUGCAUUGCUGCGUUAAUUGCAAAUACUUUCUUACAAUACUUGCAUCGAAUUACGGGCGAGAAUCGCCCGUUUCAAGACUUACGCAAAUUAUGUGCACAUGUUACAUUGACACAAGUAGAGGAUCGAAUUUGUGACCCUGGAUCAUGACGAUUAAUCGGAUGACGCGGGAGUGGGUAAGAGUGAGUGGUGACACAUCUGUUUAAAACAACACGACUUUAUAUUGGUGCUGCCGUGAUGAAUUUUCGACUCGUUUGAAGGUGCCUUACCUCCCACUGCCCCAGGUCCUCUGUGAUUAAAUAAAUUAAAACUCUUGUAUCUAUAUAUUGCUCAUACACAGAUUAUUAUUUUUAUUUGACGUCUGUGUAGCUGUGUAUUUAAACUCGAUUGACUCAAAUAAACAAAUGAAUGCGUUACAUAAAAAAUA